AAGGUCAGUUGUUCCACUUCCAGGAGAAGUGUCACUCUGAUGAAUGCUGGACGAUAACGUAUCUGUCACCAGAGAGUGGCGGACCGAGACAUUAUUGGCAAACAGACCCAGCGAACAUGACGUUUUUGUGUGUUGUUGCGUUAACCUUAGCAAUUCUGGGAGCAGAUGGACAGGGCACCAGUCAGAUCCCGGUAGUGGCCUUCUCGAAGGGACAGACCUCGCAUUUACAUCUUACUCAGGGUGAGAUUCUAAAUUACGACAAAACCAUCACAUCAGUCGAUUCCUCCUUGGACAGCUCUGGCGUCUUUCAUGCCAACCAGAAGGGUCUGUACGCCUUCCACUUCUACUCGCUGACCCGUCAGAACACUGAGUUGUGGCUUGAGCUGUAUAAGAACACAGAGUUGAUAUGUUCAGCUUACGGCCAUAAUCCCAGCAGUGGUGGAUAUGCCGACGCCGGGAAUUCCGCCCUUCUUUUUCUGAAUAUCGGGGACACUGUUUACGUUAAAGCCCACGACGCCUAUGACAACACACUUUAUGGUGCCAGUGACGAGAUAUAUACGACCUUUACAGGUGUACUUCUUGACGGUGGAUAUUUUGAGCACGAGGGAUUCGAUGAAAGCGUGCCACAUGGGUUUUCUGUUGGUCUUUCCCAAAACCUUACCAUCAAUGACGGAGGAAAAGUAGCGUAUGACGUGGACUUCAACAACAACGCAGCCUUGGCAGGAUACAACCUCUCAAGUCACGAUUUUGUCGCACCGUAUGAUGGUCUUUACAUAUUCCAUUUACACGCCCUGUCGUUAGCCGAUAAAGAAGUGUACCUGGAACUCUUUCAGAAUACCCAAUAUGUGCUGUCUGCUUAUGCCUAUACAACAAACGAAUGGGGAGAUGCUGGGAAUACCGUUAUUCUUCGUCUCAGCAUGAAUGAUACAAUCACAGUUAAAGCUCGUCCCCAGUAUGACGUACAGCUGUUUGGAGAACCGUCUGAGAUCUACUGUACGUUUUCCGGUGCCCUUCUGUCUGUGACGGUGCCGGGAAACAAUGCCGUAUCUGGAGGUUUAAGCGAAGUCGCGUUCUCUGUGGGGUUAUCACACAACGUCAACAUCUCCGCCUACUCUAAAGUCACCUGGGAUAAAAUAUUUACAAAUUAUGGGAGUGGAUUUGACACUGGAACUGGAACAUUCACUGCAAAGGUCGACGGUAUCUACGUAUUCCAUUUCCACGGGCUGUCCCAGACCGGUGAGGAACUAUACCUCGAGCUCUAUCACAACUUCCAGUAUGUUGUGUCCGCUUAUGCAUAUGACGCAAAUUCCUACGCGGCCGGAAGUAACUCGGCGACCUUGACUCUAGCGGCAGGUGACACGGUGUACAUCGGUGUCCAGAGCCAGGCAGUACUUUACGGAGUCAAUGAUGAGAUAUACUGCACAUUUUCUGGAUAUCUGCUAGCUCCAUUAGCCCAGUCUCAGCCGAUUGUCGGGUGAAGCUUUUCUAAUAAAAAAA